AGGCUCCGCCAAAAGUGGAAGAAAAUCCCGCUGAAGCAUUCACUGACUCAUCUCUCUUUGCUCACUGGGGUCAGGAUCUCAGUCCUGAGAGCAGACGUGUCGCGCUGAAGCAAUUCCAGUACUACGGCUACAACGCCUACCUGAGCGAUCGCCUGCCGCUGGACAGGCCCCUGCCCGACCUGCGGCCUCACGGGUGCAGAAACCUUACAUUUCCUGACAGGCUUCCUGAGGUCAGCAUUGUAUUCAUAUUUGUUAAUGAAGCUCUCUCAGUGAUUCUGCGCUCCAUUCACUCAGCCAUUGACAGGACUCCUGCUCACCUGCUCAAAGAGAUUAUUUUAGUUGAUGAUAACAGUAAUAAUG